UACAUGUUCAUCGAGACAUCAAGGCCCCGGGAGCUGGGGGACCGAGCCCGUUUGGUGAGUCCUUUGUACAAUGCCAGCGCUAAGUUCUACUGCGUCUCCUUUUUCUACCACAUGUACGGGAAGCACAUCGGCUCCCUCAACCUCCUGGUGCGGUCCCGGAACAAAGGGGGCCUGGACACGCAUGCCUGGUCCCUCAGUGGCAAUAAGGGCAAUGUGUGGCAGCAGGUGCAUGUGCCCAUCAAACCCAGCGGGCCCUUCCAGAUUAUUUUUGAGGGGGUUCGAGGCUCUGGCUACCUGGGGGAUAUCGCCAUAGAUGACGUCACACUGAAGAAGGGAGAGUGUCCCCGGAAGCAGAUGGAUCCCAAUAAAGUGGUGGUGAUACCGGGCAGUGGAGCCCCCCGCCAGCCCCACCCACAGCUCUGGGGGCCCAUGGUCAUCUUCCUCUUGGCAUUGCAGAGAUGAUGAGAGCUGCGUGGCCUCCCCACCCCGCCCCCGGCACACCAAAGUGUCCGCAUCGUACCAAAGACUGACCCCCACCAGCCGGGGUGCCCAGGGGCAGGGCCGGCCCGCCAGGGAGGGGGCCUGCAUUGGCUGCAAGGAUGAGCAGAGAAACAAGGACAGAGGCCCGGCGCUGAGGCCCUGGAGCCGGUCGUUUGACACACGCACACACGCACACACUCACACGCACACACACACACACAUAUUAAAGCACAAGUUUCUAUCCGA